GCUCAGUUGAAGACGAUGCACAACGCACGUUUGAUGACAUGCCAUCGUUUAGCAGACCUGUGCCGUCCAUCGGAUAGUUUCGACAGGAGUGCUGAGGAUACAAGACGACUGCAUAUGAAUCUGUCGUUGUAUCGGCGAGGUGGACUGAAUGGUUUGGUGUUGCUGGUGAAUCGAGAACCACUCUAUCAUAUCCAUAACAAAACAGAGUUCGCUAGAAUUUGCGAGCAAUCCACUGAGCUACAUUUCGAUCCACUACAACGGCAGUUAGAAGAAGUUUCUUCGUGUCUACGCGAUAUUUGUAAGGAUGCAGUGAACGAGUUGAAUGGUGUUGAAAUGAAUCGCGACGAGAAUUCGUUGCAAGUCGGUGAUGUUUAUGUGACAAGGCAUUCAAAUAUCUCAACAUUUCAGGUAAUCUUUCACUUGGUUGUUGACGAAGCGCUGGAGAAUGACGAUAUAUCUAGUCGGCAUCCAUGUAUCAAUGGAAUACGUAAUGUUAUUCGAUUGUCCUCAAAAUGUGGCGUUACAACGUUCAGUAUCCCGUUGUUACUGGUUGAAAAUACGAAUGAGCGUAUGACAGUGUCGUGGUGUUUGAAACGAGCUGAGUUGGUGUUCAAAUGUGUAAAAGGCUUCAUGAUGGAAGCGUGUACGGGUAGUUCUACGGCCGGUGGAGGCCCUCCAGUGGCCGCAACCCACUACAAUGUGAACUUCGUGUUGCCUGAAGCACUCGCCGAUAAUGUUUACUCGCAAAUCAUCGAAAUGUUCCCAACAAUAUUUCAUCUCGUUCCAUCGGUGGUUGUAUAA